AUGGAGCCGGAGUUCUGCUACGGGAAUGGCUCAUGUGUGAGGACGGUCUACCCUGUCACUGUCCGCAUCACCCUCUACUUGGCCCUGGGGUCUGCGGUGGUCCUCACGGUGCUGGGGAACCUCUUCGUGAUCGUGGCCAUUUCUCACUUCAAGCAACUCCACACGCCCACCAACUACCUGAUCCUAUCUCUGGCCGUGUCCGACUUCCUGCUGGGGGUUCUGGUCAUGUUCCCUGGCAUGAUCAAUGCGGUCGAGACCUGCUGGUACUUUGGGGACAUGUUAUGCAAGCUAUAUACCAGCUCCGAUGUCUUGCUGUGUACUGCUUCUAUAUUGAACCUGUCCUUUAUAUCCAUUGACCGCUAUUAUGCCGUGUGCCACCCUAUGCUCUACCCCCGUAAGAUAACGGUUCACACCGCGGUCGUCAUGAUCCUGGUCACAUGGUGUGUCUCUGCUGUGUUUGGCUUUGGGAUGAUCUUCCUCAAUCUGAAUAUUAUGGGAAUGGAGGAGUUCUACUAUAACAACGUGGUGUGCGAAGGAGGGUGCAUUCUGUUUACGACUGGGGUGGCCAGCACACUCUCGGCUGUUAUCGCCUUCUACAUCCCCGGGGUCAUCAUGCUGGGCACUUACCUGAAGAUCUACAUGGUUGCCCAGAGACAAGUGCGCACCAUAGGCCUACAGAACAGCCGCUCCUCCAAGGUGGACAAGCACCAGAGGAAAGCCACCAAAACGCUGGCCAUCAUCAUGGGUGUGUUUCUGUCCGUCUGGUUGCCGUCUUUCCUCUGUUCCAUAAUCGACCCCCUCAUCGGCUACUCUGUACCGCCUGCUUUGUUCAACACAUUUGUGUGGCUGGGGUACUUUAAUUCCACUAUCAACCCAUUGAUUUACGCCUUCUUUUACAGCUGGUUUAGGAAAGCUUUUCAAAUGAUCAUUUCCGGUAGGAUCUUUCGGUCGGACAUGUCGGACACAAAACUGUUUGCAGAGUGA